AUGAAUUUAAGCAUAGUACACGGAUUAAUACCGAAUAUUCAAAAGAAAUCUAGUGUUAAAUUCAAAAAUGAUCCAUACAUUUUUGAUAUAGUAUCUACCGAUUCAUUUUGUGUGGUAUCGGACUCAAGUCAUGAGUUAAAAUCAUAUAAUUAUAAGAAUCAAGAACUUGAAUUUAAUGGAAAGUUAUCAUUUCACAAUGAUUCCAUCACAAAUUUACAAAUACACAAAAAUCAUUUGUUGAUAUCGAGCUCCAAAGAUGGUCGUAUCGCGAUUUGGGAUUUGAGAGCAUCAAAUCAAGAUCCAUCACAAAUUAUUUUAGCAAAGAAUCGGGAACCUUUGCUUUCAUUUGAUAUCAACAUAUCUGAUACGCUUUUAGCAGCAGGUACCGAACUUGUCGAUAAUGAUGCCAAGGUUUUAUUUUGGGACUUGAGAAAUUCCUCAUCGUUGCACGCCGAAUUUGUUAAAUCACAUAAUGAUGAUAUAACGCAAGUCAAAUUUCAUCUAACAAGUCCAUCUCAGCUAAUUACAGGAUCCCUUGACGGAUUAAUAUGUAAUUUUGAUUUAAAGAAUUUUAAUGAGGAUGAAGGAUUGGUUGGUGUAAUAAAUUCUAGAUCAUCAAUCAAUCGAACUGGAUAUUUUGGGCCCAAUGCUGAAUAUAUUUAUUGUCUGACACAUAAUGAAACAUUUAGUUUGUGGGAUGCAUCGGAAGCAGAUUCAUUAUGUGAUUUCGGUGAUAUUCGACAAUUUUCGAUCCCCAAUUUGGCUCAAAUUGACUAUGCCAUCGAUUGUCGAUUCGAGUUUUCCACUAAUAGAUUAUACCUCUUUACCGGAUCUAACACUGGAAACAUCAGUAUGAUCCAUGUAAGUGCUAAUGAACUACAAUUAUGUCACUCUUUUAAUGACGCUCACUCUGAAAUAGUUCGAAGCGUCCGUUGGAAUCCGCAGGUUAGUUCAAAGCCUCUCGGCUGA